AUGCAUUACGUCUAUAAGGAUCUGCUGGACGACUGCCGACUGCAGUUCUCAAGGAAUGAUAUCAACUGGACGGUCAUCUACCGCGGUGGCCUGCAGACUGGUAGCAAUUCUACCGAGGCUUGCUGGACACCAUGCGUCUCUCGCGUAUCUCGGCCCCUCUCUACCGUGGUUCUGGAUCAAGAUAUCAAGAAAGGUCUUUUGACCGACCUGCGAGAUUACCUCCAUCCUCACACUCGAAGAUGGUACUCGAACAGAGGUAUUCCGUACAGACGCAUCUAUCUCCUUCUUGGUUCCCCAGGCAAUGGCAAAUCGUCCCUCUCCUUCGCAAUCGCUGGCUAUUUCAAGCUCAAGAUCUACACCGUCUCGCUGAAAUCCCCUGCAAUGAACGAGGAGAAUCUCAGAAGCCUCUUCACGGAUCUGCCCCGGCAGUGCGUCGUCCUUCUCGAAGACAUCGAUACCGCCGGCCUGACCCACACCCGGGCCGCUCCCAAAACCCACGGGUCCGACGACGCCGAGAAGCCCGUCGCCAAAAAGGUUCAGCUCACCACAGCACCAGCACCAGGUGGCAUCAGUAACCUCGGCGGAAACAUCUCCCUCUCGGCCCUCCUGAACAUCCUCGAUGGUGUGGCCAGUCAAGGAGGCCGAAUCCUCAUCAUGACGACCAAUCACAUCGAUAAGCUGGACGAGGCCCUGAUCCGCCCCGGGCGCGUCGACGUCGACAUGACCGUCAAGUUCGACCUCGCCAACACACAGAUGACACGACCAUCUUCCGCUGCAUCUUCGCCACCCUCAAAGGCGACGUCCCGCCACCACCACCGCCGCCGCCGUCGUCUCGCUCACACCCACCACCCUCGCUACCUUGCCGAGACGAAGGCCGCGGCUGAAACUGCCGCGGCGAUGAAGAGACGGAGUGAGGAUGCUAGGGUCGGGAAGUCGGCAGAGGGCUUCGCCGGGCUGAUACCCUCUAUGACGUUCAGCCCGGCUGAGAUCCAGAGCUACCUGCUGAAGCAGAAGCGGUUGCCGGAGGAGGCUAUCCGCGGGGUGUCGAAGUGA